AUGAGUUUACGUAAUCGCGCAUUACGUUGGCUGCAAAUAAUUCUUACACUUUUCUAUGGACAAGUUAUUUCUACGGCUAUAUAUGAAUAUACUAUUCAAGGUAUUUGUGGCUUAAUACUCAGUUUUCGACCAAUGUAUGAUUCGGUUCUGCUGAUUGUUCUUGGCGUAUUUAUGUUUUUAUUUGUUAUAUAUGCAAUACCUGCUGUAUGGUUUUGCCAUUUACAAAUGUCUAUUAUAUCUGUAUUGAUACUAAUCGCAAUUUUUAUAUUAACAUCGGUGAAAGCUUUUAUCGAAGUAAAAUAUAUGGGACAACAUUCUAUACGCAUCGAAUGGGCUACUAUCCGAAUAGUAGAACUUGUGCUAAGAAUAUUGGGCAUAGUAGCUAGUGUGCUAUUCGUUAUGUGCCUAAAAAAAGGUUAUAAACCAGAAAAUUUUUAA